CGGGGGUAAGCAGCUGUUUUUUUGACAGGGUUAAUGGGAUGACAGGUCUUUAUUUCCGAUUUGUUCUGCACCUGCGCGCAUAUUCCAGCAAAUUGACCCAAUGGGGGACCUUGUCCGGUUCAUGGCCCUCCAGCCCCAGAGCUUUGCUUGAUACAGCCUCAAGACCACUUCCCAAAGCCUCUAGUCUCAUCUAGCCAGUUCACCAUCCUCCCUGCAUCAAAGCUCCAUGGCGGACAGGUUGCUCGCCGCUCAGGAACUCCGUAAAAUACAACCGUGCUUGGACUUCAACGAGACUCGCCUACCAGAGUAUCACGAAGCCUUUGCCAAUCCGCAAGUGAGAUUCAACACCGCCCUCGGACUCUACGCGCCACUCCCGAAAGACGGCAACAUGAGUCAAGCGGUAUUGGCAGAUAACCAGAAGCAGCUUCAACUGCUGCCCGAACAAUCAACAAACCCCUCAUCCAACCCCCCGCGACGUCCGUUCUGGGACGAGAUGCUACUCCAGGCAAUGGCCAAGCUCAAAUCGAUUCGCGAUGAACCCGUCGGGCUCGUUGGCACGCCCAACAGCAUCCGCGCCGCGGCGGGAUGGCCCGAGAUUGUCAACACACUCGAGGUAGCCAGAGCAAAAUAUUACAAUUACUCGGGCUUCAUCGGCUUCUGGAAGAAGACGGGCCACAAGUUUGCCGACCACGCCAACGAAGGGAAGACGCUCUUUUCGCUUCUACCGGACUCGGAGUAUACGUCGGUAAUUCAUUCUAAAAGGACAGCCGAGAUUCGAGAAGAGGUUGAGGAAACCCUGCGCCAAAUGCGAGAGAAGCUGUCAGACGUGGAGCGUGUCGUUGCGCUUUGCGCCGACGAUGACGACCAUAUCAUUCUUGUGGCUAUGAACGUGCUCGUGUCGGUACUCCAGGCGUUGGAAGACAUUGUUCUCUACUACUCGUCAAAGAGAGGACUCAGGGUGACCGCCACUGUCUUGUGGAAGAAGGACGAAUACAAGGCCGAUCUCUCUGAAUGCCUAGCCGGGAUUAACUCGAGCAGCAAACGGCUGAUUGAAGAGGCCAAUUUAACUCACAUUCGCGUAACCCGUUCAGUAAAUAUAAAAAUGUCGGAAGGGCUAGAGAAACUGAAGAAACUGCAACUGGGCCAGCUCAAAGUGGCGAGAGAACAGAAGAGAUUGGCAGACAAGCAGUCAGAAAUGGCCAUAUCCGGCCGCAAGAUUGCCAGAAGGCAGGAGAAAUUGGCCACGGAUUUGAGCCGGGAGGCCGCAUCCAACCAACGAAACGCCAUUGCCAACGAGAGAAACGCCGCUGCAAACAUGGCCAACGCCAUAAUCUCUGCCACGGCUUUAAACAGCUUUCUUAAACUAUCCGAGGAAUAUUUCGUUGCCAAAAGCGAUCUGGAGAGAGCUCAACACUUAAACGCCAAGCUCAUGGUAAAAAACGAGCGCCUUUCCUCCGCGUUGCGAGAAGAGCGCUCACGCAGUCGCGGGCGGCACCCUUUGUUAUCACCCGCGCCCAUAUCGCUGGACCAACUCUUGCAAAUAAUAAACGUGCCCGAUAGCGGGGAAGAAACAGAUAUAACCAACAUCUCCGACUCAGCCGUCCACGUCAAUCGCCGCGACCAGGGCCGCGCCGAGCAACUCAUCAAUUACCCCCAGUUUCAGCAGUGGGUGGUUCAGACGCGAUCGACUGAGCUUCUCGUACAUGGCCACAUGAAGCCAAGCCGGACAAGUGUCUCGGCCCUCUCGCUCUUCAGCGCCGCCAUCGUGCGGAGCCUGCGACGGGACCAACGGUUCUGCACCCUGGCCUUUUUCUGCAGCGAGCACAAAGAUGACAGAGAUCCGCUGGUGGGCGGGAUGGGCAUCAUCAAGAGUCUCAUAGUGCAGCUUUUGAACCAGUAUCACUUUGACGGCGCAGACCUCGGGUUCGCGAUCCGGGACGUAAAUCUGGAUGCCUUGGAGGACGAUGUUGAGCAGUUGUGCCGGCUGUUCGUCGGACUGGUGCGCCGAGUGCAGAGUAAGGUGACGCUUAUUUGCGUGCUCGAUAGCGUCAAUGCAUAUGAUGAUCCGGAUUUUAUGCAGGAGCUGGAGGUGGAAAGGGUGCUGUACGAGGUGCUGUCGUUGACGCGGGAUAUCAAGGUCCAAACCCAUACCAAGGUUUUGCUAACGAGUCCGACGGAUACAGCUACGAUAUGGGAGGGGUUUGACGAGAGGGAUGUAGUCUCGAUGGCUGGGCGGCCAAAGGGUGGUAAGCAUUUUGAUGAUGGUAGACUUGCGCAGCAGUUGGAAGGUAUUUUCAUUGGUUAAGGUAGAUUCAAUAUUGUGUUUCCAUAGAUUAAUAUGAAUCAUCUGUUUCU